AUGGAUGUUACUGCAUUAUACACUAACAUCCCCCACGAAGAUGGCAUUGCAGCGUGCAAAGAAGCAUGGGAUUCUCGUAUAAUAAAGAAUCCUCCCACAGAAACACUUAUCGAACUUCUCGUACUUAUUCUGAAAUGCAACAACUUUGUUUUCUGUGACAAACAUUUCCUACAGGUACAGGGCACGGCUAUGGGGACUAAAAUGGCGCCAUCUUACGCCAACGUGUUUAUGGGCAAAUUAGAAGGACAACUGCUAGCUGCAGUACCUCUUAAACCAUUCAGUUGGUUACGCUAUAUAGAUGACAUUGACAUGCAAUGGUAUCACGGGGAAGAAGCUUUGCAAGAUUUUCUUUACAGAGCUAAUAAUUUUCACAAAUCUAUAAAGUUCACCACUGAGGUAUCAAACGAACAACAUGUUUUUCUCGACACAGUAUCUCAUAUUAAAGACAAUCAUAUAAUUACUGAUUUGUAUUCAAAACCCACCGAUAAACAUCAAUACCUUCUUCCAAGCAGCUGCCACCCUCGACACUGUUGUAAGAACAUACCAUACAGUUUGGCUUUGAGAAUCAAACGAAUAUGUUCAAAUCCCAGCACGUUCUAUAUCAGGGCAAAAGAACUGUCUGAACAUCUAAGGAAGCGAGGAUACAAGGAAGAAGACAUUGCAAACGCGAUCUUAAAUGCAGACAGCAAGCACAGGAAGGUCUUACUAGAGUACAAACAUCAAUCUAGUGGUUCUACACAAAAUAAAAUUCCAUUUGUGCUCACAUAUCACCCAGACUUACCUAACACUAGAGCCAUCAUUGACAAACAUUGGCCAAUUAUUGAGUCUUCACAGAAACUUAACAAGAUGUUCCCAACUAAACCAACCAUUGCAUAUAGGAGACCUAAAAGCCUCAGGGACAUACUUGUUCGAGCCCAACUGAGACCAAUAAUGACAGAUAAAGAAGGUCAGUCCGGACCAUGUGGCACACCAAGAUGCCAAACCUGUGCUGUCAUGCUCCUUACAAAAACAUUCUCUUCAAAAAUAGGGGCCAAAACAACUCUCAAAGACAUAAUGAAUUGUAAAACGGCCAACGUUAUUUAUCUUAUUUCUUGCAAAGUGUGUAACAAACAAUAUGUCGGUGAAACCAAACUUCCAUUAAAUAAACGAAUGAACUUACACCGCUCUGACUGGAAAACGCGAAAAUUUAACAGAUCCCCAGUUGCUGAACAUUUUCACCUUGAGGGACACAGUUUUAAAGACGUGUCCCUCUGUUGUAUUGAACAUAACACAAAGUGGUCAGAUAUAACACGGAAAUCACGCGAGACAUACUGGAUUCGCCGACUGAAUACGCUAGAGCCAUCAGGAAUCAAUAAAGGAGACUAA